ACCUCUGUAGGUUCAGUCGGUCCUUUUUUUGUGUUCUCCCGUCCACGCUGAGCUGCAGCUUCUCCGAGUCCGGGUUAGAGUAUAGCUUCGACUUCUUCGGUUAUGGCUGACCAGGCUUUUGUGACGUUGGCUACCAAUGACAGCUAUGCUCGGGGAGCCAUGGUUUUGGGAAAGUCCCUCCGGAACCAUAAGACUUCUAAGAAGCUGGUGGCACUCAUUGGUCCACAAAUAUCAGAGCCUUGCCAGGCCGUGCUGAAGCUAAUCUUCGACGAGGUGAAGGUGGUGGAUGUGCUAGACAGCGGAGACACGGCGCACCUGGCCAUGAUGAACAGGCCAGACCUGGGCGUCACCUUCACCAAACUCCACUGCUGGACUCUGACGCAUUACUCCAAAUGUGUUUUCAUGGACGCAGACACACUGGUGCUAUCAAAUAUAGACGAGUUGUUUGAAAGGGAAGAAUUGUCCGCUGCUCCCGACCCUGGCUGGCCUGACUGUUUCAACUCUGGCGUGUUUGUAUUUCGGCCUUCUUUGGAGACUCAUGGCAAACUGCUCCAGUUUUGUGCAGAACAAGGAAGCUUUGAUGGAGGAGACCAAGGUGUUUUGAAUGGCUUCUUCUGCAACUGGGCAACAGCUGACAUAACAAAACACCCUAUCUAUUCACUCGCGAUCGCCACUACACUGAUUCAGCAUCACAGAACCACAAGAACGUGCCAUUUUAAAAAUCAGUCACAAAACCGACUGACGGGUGAUUGUUGCACCGUUAACAAGUCAUCUCGCACAGCUCCAAAGGAGAGAAAACAAAAGGUGCUUUAUGAAGAGCUGUCAAUCAACUGGGGAAUGGAGAGAAAAGAAAAGACGAAAACAAAGAUUCACAUCCAUGUUUUGAGUUCCUUGUGGCAUGAAUGCCCUUUUCCCGCUUGGAUUAAUUAGACCUUGAAAGCCGUUCUUUUCUACGAUGACACACGGCCUUCGUUCACUUCCCCUCCUCCAGAUCCUCCACUCACUGGAACAUUCUCAAAGUCUCCUCCCUAGAUCCUACUUCACUUUCCUUUAUUUUUUAAGGUCCAUUUUUCCACCUCCCCCACCCUUUCUGCACUUGGGUCCAACUGGCCGCAGCUGGAGAACUCAUCGUCGUGUUCGUCGUCUCCCUGAGCCUCCGCCUCUUCCACAUUCAAAUACUACUUGGUCCAUUUUCACUCCACAAAUACAGGAACUCCUCCCCGUGUGUUUUGCUGACUCGACGUACAUUUGGGAAACACGAAGCCGGACUCCCCAAGCUGGGACCCUUCUUACGACGUAUUGACCAUGGGAAUAAUAGCAACAGAUAUCAAAGAGAACAUCUUGCAUUUCUUUUACCAGCACUCUGUCGUAAAAAGGAAUUUCUUUCUGGAAACCCUCUGUGACCUCGAGAAACAUCUCCUGGCGCGACGUCGAUGUGCUGCAACCGCACAGACCCGAGUUGUUCCUCCUCCUCCUCCUCCUCCUGAGAAACACCCGUUAGCGACACUGGGAGGACGCAUCAGCUUUCAGUCACACUUCAGCAGGGGGCCGGGGAGGUCACAUGACCUCUAGACAAACUCCCCGUCGCUCUUUUGGGAGAUGGCAGUGAAGUGCGAGGACACUUCACUGCCUGCAUGCACACAUGCAAAGCCCACCCCCCCCCCCACCAACUGUCUGCAAUGUCUCGGCUUCGUAACAUUCACAUGAUAUGGAUACAGCAAUAUGCCAGACGAGCAGUUCGGUUGUACAAAAAU